UACUCGGGAUUUAAUGACACUGCACCAAGUAACGAAAGCGGGCAACACAAAUAUUGAAGGCCUUAAAGCAAGGAGCUUAUUUUGUUGUAGGUGUUAAACAGUAGCUUCUGCGCUGCUGCCAUGACUACAGCCCAUGGACUGGCGCGACUACCGGUACUACGUAUUACGGAGGCCACGAAGAAGAAGUUUCUCGCAGGGCGUGGUGGGAUAGGAUUCUCCUCGGUGGAGGACUGAGAACAGUGCCCCAGCUGGCUGGCUAACAGCAGAGAAGAUGGCUGCAGAGGGGAUUCUCGGGCCAGUGUCUGAAAACAGAGCACCGUCAGUCAUGUUUAGCGACGACUAGCCCGCGUGCCACCCCGGUUGGUCCGUUGGUCGGUUCCGCCGUGUUCGUCGGAGGGGAAAAAACAACAUGGGGUCGCAGACUCUCCAGAUCCUGAGGCAGGGGGUCUGGGCUUCAAUCACAGGCGGAUGGUACUACGACCCCGAUCAAAAUACAUUCGUCAAUGCUUUACAUCUCUACAUCUGGCUGUUCCUGCUAUGCUUCCCCUUCACACUUUACAUGGCACUGCAACCAAGCAUGGUGAUAGUGGGAAUCUACUGUGGUGUUAUUGCCGCCAUGUUCCUGCUGCUGAAGACGGUGAAUUUCCGCCUGCACCACACCCUGGAUGAGGGUGAGGUGGUGCACCGGGCCAAGGAGAGUCAGGGCAGCAGAGGUGGCACCGAGGGGGCAAACAACGUCGGCGUCACCCGUCGGCAGGACAGCAACGGCCCGGGGGACCCUGGUGGGGGUAUUGAGAUGUCUGACUUUGUCAGGCAAGAGACGCCACCAGUGGACUGCAGCUCCAGGAACUCCUAUAUUGGGUUGGAGUCCAACCAGCAGAUUGCAUCCACACAUGGAAGAGCAACAGUAGCCAAAGGAGAUGUGGGAAAGACUUCGGAUGACAUCAGUUUGACUCUUGUCGAGAGCUGCAGCCACGAUCACGAUCUGCUGUCGGACACAAAGAUGUACUGCCUCGUUCCCAAUGACUCCUUUGCGUCCCUGCAGCCAUCAACCUCCUUGUGUCCUUCGGAGCUGUCAAGGGAGACGGCCGACCUCUGUAAUUCUGCUGCUUAUCCCUUCAGCCUGUCGCAUUCGUCCUGUGACACCGAGGCGACCACUCAUGCAUCCAUGCAAUCCCAGAGCUACAGGAAGGAGCUCCGUUCUCGGGGCCUGCCUCGGACCUCUAGCUCGGCGGGUCCGGCUUUCCCCGACCCGUGUCUACCGGACUUCGCUCUGUACCCUGCGCCCAGGAGAGGUGCCCUUGACCCUGUGUGUGAGCUGGAGACGGCCAGACCACACAGGCCAGGGGUGUGCGGCAGAGACGGGGCGGAGCGGCCGUACCAGCAGGACCAAGCCGUGCCAUCCACCUCGGGAAUAGAGUGUUACAGGCACAAAGAAUCACGCGGGGUAGCCCGUUCUGUCUCCAGGGAGGCAGGGGAAGGCAGUUCAGGACUCUACCAAGUGGAGGUGGGUGGUAGCGGGAGAGGUUCUGCCGGUGGAGGAAAGUCCCAGGGCGGGGAGCGCAGUGCAGACAGCCUGCGCAGUUUGAGUACUCGCAGUAGUGGCUCCACCGAGAGCUACUGCAGUGGCACGGACAGGGACACCAACAGCACUAUCAGCAGUUUUCACAGUGAGCAGACCAGCUCGACACACGUGGAGAGCCUGCUCUCACUUUCAGGCGACGAGCGCGCACGGGAACGAGGGGACGCGGCGUCUGCGCCCGCGGGCGGCAGGACUCCAAGCCUCGGCAGUAUUAGCUCUCGAGGUCUCAGCAGCCUUCCCUCCAGGGAGGCCAAUAAAAACCCUCACGCCAACGAGCUGACGGCAAAGCAGCCCGAUGACGCGCCGCCCUCCGCGCACCGAGAGCCAACGGAGCCCGGCAGGUGCCAGGAGGAGCCCGGCAUCAGGACCAGCGCUGAUGGCUCGGCAGGUGCAGCCGCUCUGGAGCCAGAGCAGGUGACAGCCGAAGGGCAGUCAGAGGCGGCCACCAUUGUUCAGAGGACUUCCUCGCUGUCAACAGGGCGCAGUGGACGCCGGCGGACUGGCAAGAAAAGGGCGAGCAGCUUCGAUGCCAGCCGCCACCGGGACUAUAUGUCCUUGCGCGGCAUGGCCAAGCCUUGUAGUGCUGUGUUCACUGGGGGUGGGGAGGAGGACUCCAGCGACCAGAGUGAAUUCAGCUGUGCCUCCAGUCUCCACUCCGCCCACCACCGCAGCACAGACAGCUCGUCGAGCGCCACUUCCCGCUCCUGCCACUCCCCCGAGGGCUGCUACAGGGCCCUGAAAGCCAAGCACAACGCAGCCUCCUCGUCCUCCUCCGCAGGGAAAGCCGCGGCGCCGCCUGUUGCAGGAGGGCGAACGGAAGGGAAGCGGCGCAGCUCCCGCCGCACCCCCAGCACGGGCAGUGCCAAAACGCAUGCCAGAGUGUUGAGCUUGGACAGUGGAACGGCCGCCUGCCUUAAUGAUCCCAGCCGCCUCGGAGCUCCGGCUGGGCCCCGGCCCCUUACCACCUCCAAGUCGGACCUGGAAGCCAAAGAAGGGGAAGUCCUCGAUGCGGCCUCCCUGCUGGGUCGGGCCUCCCAGCUGGAGUCAGUGACCCGCUCCAGAAACAGUCUGCCCAAUCAGGCAGCUUUCGCUGAGCCUCAGGAUGCCACUGCUGCUUCCCUGCGGGCGCCGGGGAGUGAGGAGACGGUCAUAUUCCGCCGUGAGCGUAGCACAUUCCGCCGGCAGGCCGUGCGGCGGCGGCACAACGCAGGGAGUAACCCCACCCCGCCCGCCUCUCUCAUUGGAUCUCCUCUCAGUCUUCAGGAGGCUCUCAGCCAGGCCUCCCAGCCUUCUGCUCCCCAGGUGAAAAGUCAGCCUUCCAGAACCCCAUCCCAGGUGACCGUGCUGAGCGCAAGCACCACCCUGCUGGCCAGGAAUGGAAGCGCGCACAUGGAGGGUUCUCAGGACAAGGCCUCAACUGUUGGCGCUACCAGCUUGCAGGACGACCUGGGAAAGCUCUCGUCCUCGUUGUAUGAGGCCGGUGGGUGCAACAUGUCUCUGGUCAAUUUUGAACCCGCCACCAGGCGAGCCUCCAAUAACAUAUGGGACACCGACUCCCACCUCUCCAGUUCUACCUCAGUUCGCUUCUACCCUCAUGACCUGAUCUCCCUCCCUCAGAUCCGUCUGAACCGCCUGCUGACGAUGGACUCCGAGCUGCUGGAGCAGCAGGACAGAGAUCUGAGCCCGGAGCUGCAGGACGCACCGCUGGGACCCAACGACCCUGUGGCGCCAGUGGCCGCCGCCAAAGCCAGGCAGUACUACCGCUUAUGGCUUCUGCCGUUCAUGUGGGUCGGCCUGCACUUUGACCGGCUCACCCUGCUGGCACUAUUUGACAGGAACCGAGAGGUUUUAGAGAACGUGCUGGCCGUGCUGCUGGCUGUCCUAGUUGCCUUCCUGGGUUCAGUGCUGCUGGUCCACGGCUUCUUCACUGACAUCUGGGUCUUUCAGUUCUGCCUCGUCAUUGCGAGUUGCCAGUAUUCCUUACUGAAGAGUGUUCAACCAGACUCCUCUUCCCCUCGUCAUGGCCAUAAUCGUAUCAUAGCAUACAGCCGGCCUGUCUACUUCUGCCUGUGCUGCAGCCUCAUUUGGUUGCUCCACCAUGGCAGCCUGAGGACCACUACGUCAGGCUUCACCCUGUACGGGGUCCCACUCAGCAACUCCCUGGUCCUCGCGUCUGCCAGGGACCUUGUCAUUGUCUUCACUCUGAGUUUUCCCAUCAUCUUCUUUGUGGGGCUGCUGCCACAAGUCAACACGUUCGUCAUGUAUAUCUUUGAGCAGCUGGACAUCCAUGUGUUCGGGGGCAAUGCCUCCACAAGCCUUCUGUCAGCGCUGUACAGCAUCCUGCGCAGCAUCGUCACCGUCGCUCUGCUCUACGGCUUCUGCUACGGAGCCCUGAAGGAGACCUGGGAGCCUCAUCACAUCCCAGUAUUAUUCUCUGUGUUCUGCGGCCUCUUGGUGGCAGUGUCUUACCACUUGAGUCGGCAGAGCAGCGACCCUUCGGUCCUCAUCUCGCUGAUCCAGUCCAAGAUUGUGCCCAACUUGAAAGAUAAGAACCCAGAGGAUCCUUUGUCAGAAGUACAAGACCCUCUACCCGAAAAGCUCAGGGCUUCAGUGAAUGAGCGUCUGCAGUCCGACCUGAUUGUCUGUGUGGUCAUUGCUGUCCUUUAUUUCGCCAUCCAUGUCAGCACAGUCUUUAUUGCACUGCAGCCUUUCCUAAGUUAUGUCCUGUAUGCACUGUUGGCGACUGUGGGGUUGCUCACCCACUACCUGCUGCCUCAACUCCGCAAGCAGCUGCCCUGGAACUGCUUCUCCCACCCUCUGCUCAAAACUAAGGAGUACUAUCAGUUUGAAGUCAGGGAUGCGGCCCAUGUGAUGUGGUUUCAAAAGCUCCACGUGUGGCUGCUGUUUGUGGAGAAGAAUGUUCUCUAUCCACUCUUCAUCCUUAAUGAGCUCAGUGGCAGCGCCAGAGACCUCGCCAGUCCAAAAAGACUUGACACAGAGGUGGGCGCUCUGAUGAUCACAGUGGCGGGCCUGAAGCUGCUCCGUUCCUCCUAUAGCAGUCCCACCUACCAGUAUAUGACCUUCCUCUUCACCGUCCUCUUCUUCACCUUCGACUACCGUCAUCUGUCAGAGACGCUGCUGCUCGACCUCUUCCUCAUGUCCAUUGUUUUCAGCAAGAUGUGGGAGCUGUUUUACAAGCUGCACUUUGUCUAUACCUACAUUGCCCCCUGGCAGAUCACAUGGGGGUCAGCCUUCCACGCCUUUGCUCAGCCCUUUGCUGUGCCUCACUCGGCCAUGCUGUUUGUCCAGGCUGUGGUGUCAGCAAUCUUUUCCACCCCCCUCAACCCCUUCCUGGGCAGCGCCAUCUUCAUCACAUCCUACGUCCGCCCUGUCAAGUUCUGGGAGAGAGACUACAACACCAAGAGAGUGGAUCACUCCAACACUCGGCUGGCCUCUCAGCUGGACAGAAAUCCUGGCUCUGAUGACAACAAUUUAAACUCCAUCUUCUACGAGCACCUUACCCGCUCCCUGCAGCACAGCCUGUGUGGAGACCUCCUCCUGGGCCGAUGGGGCAACUUCAGCACCGGGGACUGCUUCAUCCUGGCGUCCGACUACCUGAACGCUCUGGUGCAUCUCAUCGAGAUUGGCAACGGCCUGGUCACCUUUCAGCUCCGAGGGCUAGAAUUCAGAGGAACUUACUGCCAACAGAGGGAAGUGGAGGCCAUCACUGAGGGGGUGGAGGAAGACGAGGGCUGCUGCUGCUGCGAGCCGGGCCACCUCCCACACAUCCUGUCCUUUAAUGCCGCCUUUGUACAGCGCUGGCUAGCCUGGGAGGUGCUCGUCACCAAAUACGUGCUGGAGGGCUACAGCAUCACUGAUAACAGCGCCGCCUCCAUGCUGCAGGGGUUCGAUCUACGACGCAUCCUGACCACCUACUAUGUCAAGGGCAUCAUCUACUAUGUGAUCGCUUCCACCAAGCUGGAGGAGUGGCUGGCAAAUGAAACCAUGAAAGACGGCCUGCGGGGAUGUGGAGAGAGGAACUAUGUUGACCUGGAUCCCACCUUCAAUCCCAACAUCGACGAGGACUAUGACCAUCGACUUGCAGGCAUCUCCAGGGAGAGUUUCUGUGCCAUCUACUUGGGCUGGAUCCAGUACUGCAACUCUCGGAGGGCCACGCCACUUGACAGCGAGAAAGACUCUGCUCUGGUGCUGCUCUGCUUCGGUCUGUGUGUGCUGGGGAGGAGAGCUCUUGGAACAGCUGCCCAUCAUAUGUCCAGCAAUCUGGAGUCCUUCCUUUACGGACUUCACGCAUUAUUUAAAGGUGAUUUCCGCAUCUCGUCCGUGCGAGACGAGUGGAUCUUUGCAGACAUGGAACUGCUCAGGAAAGUUGUGGUGCCUGCAAUCCGAAUGUCCCUCAAAUUACACCAGGACCACUUCACGUCCCCAGACGAGUAUGAAGAUCCAGGGGUUCUUUUCGAGGCCAUCUCGUCCCACCAGCAGAACCUGGUCAUUGCUCACGAGGGCGACCCGGCCUGGAGGAGCGCUGUGCUGUCUAACGUGCCGUCGCUCCUCGCCCUGCGCCACGUCCUCGACGAGGGAACCAACGAGUACAAAAUCAUUAUGCUAAAUCGGCGAUACCUCAGCUUCCGUGUCAUCAAGGUGAAUAAAGAAUGUGUCCGAGGCCUUUGGGCGGGUCAGCAGCAGGAGUUGGUGUUCCUGAGAAACCGAAACCCAGAGCGCGGCAGCAUUCAGAACGCCAAGCAGGCUCUGCGAAACAUGAUUAACUCCUCUAGUGACCAGCCCAUCGGAUAUCCCAUCUACGUGUCUCCGCUGACCACAUCCUACUGUAACUCGCACCCGCAGCUCGGUCACAUCCUGGGAGGCCCGAUCAGCAUCGCCAACAUCCGACGCUUUGUCGCCAGCACCUGGCACAGGUUACGGAAAGGCUGUGGUGCUGGCUGUAACAGUGGCGGGAACAUUGAGGAUUCCGAUGCAGGGGGGAUGUCCUGUGGCAGUGGGAAUGGCAUGGGGGUUGACUCUCAGCAGAGCUCAGUGUCGCAGGGUGGCACCUCCGGACCCGCCCCCUCUCAUACCCACUCACUGGGCACCAGUCAGAGUUCCCAGUCUGUCCAGUCGGGUUUGGUACGCCACUCUCCUGCUCGAGCCUCUGUUGCCAGCCAGUCCUCCUACCGCUACAGCAGCAGCCGCCACUCCUCCCUGCGCACCUCCACCACCGGCCUGGAGCCCUGCCGUCGUUCCUCCACCAGCCAGCUGUCUCUGCGCACGCUUCCCACCUCCCUGCAGCUCCGGCUGGGCUCCACCUCUGACCCCGCCGGCCCCUCGGCCUCCCAGUCCAGCCACAGCAUCCCUCCCUGCAAACGCCACACGCUGGUAGGCCUCCUGGGCAACGACGGCAUGUGCAGCACCGUGACCGAUCCCCUGAGCCAGUAUCAUCACCAUCAUCAUCAUCACCACCCGCAACAGCACAACCCCAUAAUCUCCACCGUGCGCAGAGACGACAUCUCCUACAGAGUGCAGGUUGCCGACGUCGGUCAGGUGCUGGAGAACAUUAACCUAUCGAAGCGGAGGGAGCUUCAGUGGCCCGACGAGACGAUGAGACUGAGGGCAGGACGGACCUGCUGGAGGGACUGGAGCCCCUUAGAGGGCAUGGAAGGACAUGUGAUUCACCGGUGGGUGCCUUGUAGCCGAGACCCAGCCAAUCGUUCCCAUAUUGACAAGACCAUCCUGCUGGUACAGGUGGAAGAUAAGCUUGUGCCCAUUAUUGAGAAUGGGGUGAUUGAGUUGGGUGCAGAGGUUUGAGACAAGCAAGCACACAACAUCACACAAACACACACGCUUGUGUGAAGACGAAGCCAGAUCUCCCUGGCUUUCAGCUGGCACACAGCAGCCUGCAGACAAACAGGAAAUGGGAGCUCUCCCCCCUCCCCCGUUCCUUAUCGCUGAGGGGGAAAGGAUGCCAGGGAAGAGUGCAAGCCGAGGCAGAGCAAACGUCCAUCCAACAUCCUUUACUGCAUCGCCUCACAUUAAUACCAUCUGCCUUGCUUUGCAUCUCAGAAAUGCUGCAUGACAGUGAACAAUCCUUAAGUUAAGUUAGUUCUUGCUACUGGUAAUUAAUUUCUAUGCAUUUCAUCAUGUAAAUCUUGGAUUUUUUUAUUCUUCUGUUUAUCCAAGUAAUUUGCCAAAAUAAGCCUGGUAAUGAUUAUCUGCCAUGGUUUCACACAUGUGAAAGCUGUUUGUUUUUCGCUACAGACUACAGAGAGAGUUUUGAUGCCGAACAGAUUGAAGUCAGAGACCCAACGUCAAACAAACUCCUUUUUUUGUUGUUGUUGUUCCUUUUGGAUUUGUUUGAAAUUAGCAAGAUUACUUUGCGCAAAUAAAAUUGCACUAUAAUUUUUUGAUUUACAGUGAUGCACUACACUCUUUAGAUAAUAUCACACUUUAUUUAUUACAGACUCUGAAUGGCCAUGGUUACCGAUGCCUUGGGAAUGAAAAACAAAUGCAAUCAUCAUUCUGUUUUUAGCCAUUUUUAUUUUACUAUUAUGUUUGAUAAACUUGAAAAUAACUUUUUACUGUAUAUGGUUAUAUAUAUUAUAUAUAUAUAUCUAUAUAGAUAUAUAUAUAUUAACUCAAAUAUAUAUGUAUAUGUCAUUGUAUAAAAAAAUGUCUUUUCAAUAUUUAUUACUUUGAACAUGGUAUUUACACUUUGUUACAUCUUUUUUUGUUAUUUUGGGACAACGGUUAAUGUACGAAGGACCAUUGGUUGAAAACAAGAUGCUGUAUUUUUGAUGGACUGUUUCACUAAUUAACUUGAUUUGUUUUCUAUAUGGAGAAAUAAAAGUUGGAUUUAUUGCAUAUUUAAUAUGUGCAUAUUA